UCUGAAGUCAUCACUUGACUUUUUCUUGCUUAUCAAGGAUUUAAAUAAGACAAACUGUAUAAUCUUCUUCCCUUGUAAACCGCUCAAUCAAUCAAUGAUCAUGUCUCGUAAAAUCAACUGGUUGAUGGUUCUGGUGAUCAUUGCUCUGUUUAAUCUUGAAAACUCACUUGGCAGGCUUGUUUUUGAGGGAUCCGCCGGGUUAAUGAAUGGUUUCACGACGUUGACGAACACAAAGAAGCACGCUUAUGGUCAAGCCUUCAAUGACGAGCCAUUCCCUUUCAAGAAUUCGAUCAACGGUAACGUGACUUCGUUUUCGUUUACCUUCUUCUUUGCUAUCGUCCCUGAGCAUAGACACAAAGGCUCUCACGUAUCUGCUCCUGCCGGUUACUAUGAUCAAAAGGGUCAGUUCAAAAACCUUUCUUUAAUCAGUGGAAAUCUACUCCGAGUCACGAUCUUGUAUAGCCAGGAAGAAAAACAGCUUAAUGUCACCUUAUCACCAGCAGAGGAAGCUAAUGUCCCAAAGUUGCCGCUUCUUUCACUGAACCAAGAUUUGUCACCAUAUCUUUCGAAGAAUAUGUAUGUCGGCUUCACAGCCUCCACGGGGUCGGUCGGAGCAAUACAUUACAUGUGGAUGUGGUAUGAAUUUACCUUUAUUAUUGUUCCACAACUGGAUUUUGCUAUACCAACCUUUCCUCCAUAUCCUAAGGAAGAGUCUCAGGUAAAGCUGAUAGUUCUUGUGACGUGCUUGACUUUGGCUCUCUUUGUUGCGCUUGCUGCAUCAGCUUUAACUUCUUGCGGUAGAAAACUGUUUGAGCCACGAGCAGAGUCGGAAGAGGCUAUUCUUACGAACUGGGCGAUUAAUCGCUGGGAAAACGGUGAUAUUGUAGAGGCGGCUACUGAAAGAAUUCGACAAGAUCAUGAUAAGGGACAGCUCGAGCUUGUUCUGAAGCUAGGAGUGUUAUGUUCGCACCAGGCUGAAGAGGUUAGGCCGGAUAUGGCUACGGUGGUUAAGAUCUUGAACGGAGUUUCUGAGCUUCCGGAUAACCUGCUUGAUAUUGUUAGAUCCGAGAAGUUGGAAAAUUGGUACGAGAGGUACAGCAAAGUGCUUGAUCCGGUGACGACGGUGGAGUCCAUAGGUAACUUGGCCAUUACGGAACCGAUACUUCCGUCGGGCAGACCAAGGUUGUUUCUCUAGUGGGCGUGCAAUCAAUCACAUGCUAAAAUCAUGAAAGUUCAGGCAUUUGGGAUAUAUAAUUGACUAUUAUGGGAGUGAUGGAGUUCUCGAAACUUGUUAGUGAUGGUUUUCCUAUUUAAUAAGCUCUUGUAAGAGGAGACAAUAGUAGUGUAUGUAUGGGUUUUGUUUUUGAGUGUAUUUCUAGUUAUAUUGUUCUCUUAUUACACUAUCGAUUUCUUUUGUGUGUUAUCUUAAAUCUCAAAAAUAUUGAACAACAAUUAUAUGUAGCGUGUCUAUUAUUAGUAUUUGCAGGCCUCGUCAUAGUUCAUGUUUUUCGUGUAUCUGAAGUUCUUCCUUGCUUAUCAAGAUACGUAUAAACAUCAAACGAAAGU